GUCCGUCCCUCCUCCUUCAUGUUCUUAAUUAGCACUACUAUAUAUCAACAAACAAAACUAUUAAUUUUAUUUAUUUCUCCAUUGACCUUUCCUUCUUAAUUAUACAUGGAGACCACCCCACUACUGCUUAACAAUGAAUCAUCAUCAUCCUUAUCACUACCUGCAGUGCCAGAGGAAGACUACUUGCCUGCAGCUUUCCCGACGUUCCAAGACUUUAUUAAGACCGUCUUUUGGAAAGAGACUGUCAAGUUAUGGAGGAUUGCUGGUCCUAUUGCCCUCAGUCUAGUCUGCCAGAAUGGUACCAACAUCUUAACCUCUAUCUUCGUUGGCCAUCUCGGAAACUUGGAGCUCUCUGCCGUUUCAGUUUCCCUCUCUGUCAUCAUCACCUUCUGUUUCGGCUUCCUUCUUGGUAUGGGGAGUGCACUCGAGACCCUCUGUGGUCAAGCUUUUGGUGCUGGUCAAGUUCAUAUGCUUGGUAUUUACUUGCAAAGAUCAUGCAUCAUCUUACUCGUCACUUGUGUCAUCCUCUUGCCCAUUUUCAUUUUCGCCGCUCCUCUCCUGAAAGUCCUUGGCCAAGAAGCUGCUCUUGCUGAACUUGCUGGGAAAUUCACUCUCCUGGCCAUACCUAACUUGUUCUCAUGGGCUAUCUAUUUCCCUACCCAAAAGUUCCUUCAAGCCCAACGCAAGGUUGGUGUAAUUACCUGGAUUGCCGUUGUGGCUCUCGUUCUACACGCUUUGUGGCUGUGGCUCUUCAUCUAUGAGCUUGACUGGGGUAUCACUGGUGCAGCAAUCGCUUUUGACCUCACCGGAUGGCUAAUUUCUUUGGCUCAAGCUGUGUACGUGAUGGGUUGGUGUAAGGAAGGAUGGCGUGGAUUUAGUUGGUCAGCGUUUGAGGAUAUUUGGUCCUUUGUUACCCUCUCCAUUGCCUCAGCUGUGAUGCUUUGCCUGGAGAUUUGGUAUAUGAUGAGCAUUGUUGUCCUCACUGGACAUCUUGACAACGCAGUCAUUGCUGUUGGUUCCCUUACCAUCUGCUUGAAUAUCAAUGGGUUGGAACUAAUGGUGUUCCUUGGAAUAAACGCUGCUAUAAGCGUUCGUGUCUCGAAUGAGCUUGGGUUAGGGCAUCCAAGGGCUGCAAAAUACUCGGUCUAUGUCACUGUAUUCCAGUCUCUUGUGAUAGGACUGGUUUGCAUGGCUGUUGUGCUGAUAGCGAAGGACUAUUUUGCCUACAUCUUCACAAGCAGCAAAGUGAUGCAAGUAGCUACCUCCAAGCUAGCCUUCAUUCUAGCCAUCACCAUGGUUCUUAACAGCGUCCAGCCAGUGAUAUCAGGUGUUGCUAUCGGUGGUGGGUGGCAAGCACUAGUGGCCUAUAUCAACAUUGGUUGUUAUUAUGUUUUUGGGCUCCCCCUUGGUUACCUGCUAGGAUACAAAGCAAAUUUGGGAGUCGAGGGAGUAUGGGGUGGCAUGCUAGGUGGAACCGCUCUGCAGACCUUGCUUCUGUUGAUUAUACUUUACAGAACCAACUGGAAAAAGGAGGUUGCACAAACAGCAGAACGCAUGAAGAGGUGGGGUGGUGGCGGCCAGGAUAUCGAUACUGAUCAGAAGAAGGAGGAGAUUAAUUACCCCUAAGAAGAAAAAACAACAACGAAGGUUGCUCCCUCUCGUUUGAUGGCCUCAUGGAGUCUUCCUGCGGUGGCACAAUUAGGAUUGACGACGUGGGAAAUCAAUCGAAGUAUUGGACGGACGAUAGACAAGAGAGCCUUAAUCAUUCUAUUUUCGUCUGAAUAAUUUCAUCUUUAAUUGGUGGAAAUUAAACAUUUGUUGUCUUAAUCAAUUUAAAUUAUACAUCACUGAAAGGGAAGAAUUACUCGAUUAGCGUUUUCAAUGUUAAUGUCUAGCUAGUUCCACUAUGCACGAGCCAGCAGUGCUGCUGUAUGCAAUGCUCUGUGCUAGGGGACGGAAUUUCUACUUCAAUCGUUGGCUUUUCUAAUUGUUAUUUUCCUCCUUGAAUAAUUCAAUGAAAAUGAAAGCAGUCAACUUGUGACAA